CAAAAACCACCACCAUGCCCAAAACCGUCCUUAGGCAGCUUUUGCAACUGCAUGUGACGGCUUGCUUGUUGUUAAUUACAUCAACAGUUAGUACAAUAAGUGUUCAGCAGAAGUCUAGUAGUAGUAGUAGUAGUAAUUUAAGUAAUGGCCGCAAUAAAAUGAUUGGAUCUUUAUCUUGUAUAAAUGAUACAACUCACAUUCAAAGCGAUAUUGUUGCUCAAUUUUGUUUACCAUCAUCAUCAUCGACGCAAUCAUCGAUUGGAGGUGGUGGAAGCACACCAACAUCAACAGCCUCCACAAAUACAGCAAAUACUAGCUCAUCAUCAAUAUCUUCGCUAUAUUAUACAAAUUACUUUACUCAUCUAUCAUAUGAUAAGAAAAGAAAUGUUUUCUAUGCCGGAGCCACAAAUAAAAUACUUCAAUUGAAUGAAAAUUUACGAGUGCUUACACAAGCUGUAACCGGUCCAAAGCAUGACAGUCCGCAAUGCCAUGCAGGCGGCUGCCCCGAAGAAGUUGAAACCCAACAAAUGAACAAUCAUAAUAAAAUUUUAAUAGUCAACUAUGUGGAUGAUAUUCUGAUAGCUUGCGGAAGCAUACGACAAGGUGCUUGUGAAAUUUAUCACUUAUCGAAAUUCCCACAAUCGUCACAAUUCAUAGCGAUUCCAUUGGCUGCAAAUGAUGAAAACUCAUCAACAUACGCAUUCAUAGGUCCAUCACAGUAUCAGUCGUGGAAAAAAGAAGAUAUUCUUUAUGUUGGCACGACAUUCACAAAUGUUGGUGAUUAUCGACACGAUGUUCCAGCGAUAAGUUCUCGCAAGCUUGAAGACUUAAAUUAUGCGGAAUUUUCAAUUCAACAGUCGAUUAUAAAUAUCGAUGUGAAGUAUCGUGAUCAUUUUCUCGUUGAUUAUGUUUAUGGAUUCAAUUCAUCGGAGUAUGCAUAUUUUGCACUAGUUCAAAAGAAAUCACAUUUAGCUGAGGAAGCUGGUUAUGUUACACGAUUGGCUAGAAUUUGUAUAACCGAUUCAAAUUAUGAUAGUUAUACGGAAAUAACAAUACAAUGCCAGGCAACACACGAUAAUAUUGAUUAUAAUAUAUUGAGGGAUGCAAAAAUUACCGAAGCCGGACAAAAGCUAGCUCAACAACUGGGUAUUAAAAAAGACGAUCAUGUAUUGGUUACAGUUUUUUCGCCAUCUAAGGAAAUUACCAAACAACCAGAAUCUAAAUCAGCUAUGUGCAUUUAUAGUUUGAAAGAAAUCGAAGAGGUUUUUAUUGAAAAUAUACACAUGUGCUUUAAUGGGACUAUAAAGGAUCGUAAUUUGGGCUAUAUAUCUGGAACAAUUAAUGAUGGACGAUGUCCAAUGGUUGGGUCAUUGGGAAACAUUUAUAGUUUCUGUACGGUAGGCUUGAAAAUAAGCGGAGUCUCUCCAAUCACAGCCCAUGCAUUGUUUCAUUUUGAUAAUGUUUCAAUAACAUCAGUAACAGCAACAACAACAGGUCCUCACUCAUUGGCAUUUCUUGGAACUGAAACUGGUUCAAUCAAAAAAGUUCUUAUAUCGGGUCAGCAACUUGGUGAAUAUGAAGAAGUUGUUGUUGAUCCAGGUAAUCGAAUAUUACAAGAUACAAUGAUGUCCCCAAAGAAAGAUUUUCUCUAUGUGCUAUCAAAGAAAAAGAUUUCUAAACUCCGAGUAGAACAUUGCUCUAUCUAUACCAAUUGUUCAUCUUGUCUGGAAUCUCGAGAUCCAUUUUGUGGAUGGUGUUCUUUGGAAAAAAGAUGUACAGUAAGAAGUACAUGCCAAAAGGAUACUAGUGCUGCUCGUUGGCUAUCGCUAGGUAGUGGGCAACAAUGUAUAGAUUUUGAGUCUAUUGUUCCAGACAAAAUUCCAAUAAAAGAACUAAGUCAUGUUCAAUUAAUAAUAAGAACACUGCCAGAACCACUUAAUGCAAAGUAUCGUUGCGUUUUUGGCAAUUCAACACCAAUCGAUGCGGAAGUUCUAGAAAAUGGUUUGGCAUGUAUGACCCCACCAAUAGAUCAGAGACCUAUAAUUGAGCCGAAUGAAGAUCAUGUAUUAGUUCCAUUGUCAGUUCGAAGUUCUGAAACAAAUAAAGACUUUGUAUCGCGAUCGUUUGCAUUUUUCGAUUGUUCAAAGCACAAUACUUGUCAGAAGUGUGUGAAAAGCCAAUGGGGUUGUAAUUGGUGUAUAUUUGAUAAUAAAUGUGUGCAUCGCACGGAACAAUGUAGAAAUAUGGAAAAUGUUAUUAGCACUGCAGAAGUGUGUCCUCAUCUUAAACGUCAACGUAAUCCUACUUUGUUGCCAGUUAGGGUGCCAAAAGAAAUCCGAUUAGAAAUUGAAAAUUUGCCAAAGCCAAAAAGUGCUCAUUCUGGAUUUCUAUGUACAGUGCAUAUCGAAGAGGCUCAUAUGCUGCUACCUGCGAGAAUUGAGGCAAAUAAAAUAGUUGUGUGUGAAAAAACUCCGUACUUUUAUGAAACUAAUGCUCAUGAAUAUGAAGCCAAAGUAGACAUAACUUGGAAUCGACAGCAUUACAUUGACACUGCUACUGUGAUACUUUAUAAAUGUGAUGUUUUAGGAUCGCAUCGCGAGCAUGCCGAUUGCAGUUUGUGUGUGACAAGAAACGCCAAAUAUCAAUGUGCAUGGUGUGGAGAUUCUUGUGUAUACAAUGAAACAUGUAAUAUCCAACGAACUAACGAGUGCCCAAGGCCACGAAUCGAUAUGAUAAGACCGAUGAGUGGUCCAAUUGAAGGUGGCACUUUGGUAACAAUCGAAGGCAGCAAUUUGGGAAUACGCGAAGAAGAUGUCAGAGGUAAAGUUAGUAUAGGAAAUAUUCCAUGUGAAUUGGUAAACUAUGAGAUAUCUGUAAAGAUUGAAUGUCGAACUGGUCCAGUUGGCCAUGAAUUAAUUGCUCCAAUCAAAGUAGCAAACGAAGCUGGAAUUGCAGAGUCAAUUGUUCAGUUUCAGUACAAGGAUAUUCAACUAGAGGGCUUGCAUCCGACUAUGGGUCCCCGAAGUGGUGGAACACAUGUCACAUUGAUAGGUAGAUACCUUAAUAUUGGAUCACAUAUUCAGGCUUUUCUUGAUGAAUAUGAGUGCCAUAUAAAUGUUACUCAAGCAUCUAGCAACAGGCUGACGUGUAUCACAUCCGAAGCUACCCAACCAGAACCCAUUCGCCGUUUAAAACUUAUAGUAGAUGGAGCAAAUCGAACCUAUGAACGAUGCAGCACAUACGACCAAAGAGGCAACUAUGCAUAUCGUGCUAAUGGCCAUUGUUCCAUCUACAAUUAUACUCAAGACCCAGGUAUCAUGCAAAUCAAACCAUUAAGGAGUUUUGCUAGUGGUGGUCGAAUGUUGACUGUUCAUGGCACAAAUCUACACUCGAUUCAACGGCCAGAACUCGAGGUGUUCUUUGAUGAUGGACGAGUAAAUAAAACCGCUUGUAUUGUAAUAAAUCCAAAUCAAAUGGAAUGUCCGUCGCCAUCAGUUAGUUCCAAAUUUAAUUCAUACAAACUGUCAAUCGAGAGAAUUCAAGGUCAUUCUUCGUACCAAGGUCAGUCAUAUCAUAGUUUCCAUAAUCUACGUCGUCGUCGAAGCAUUCAAGACAAUUCAUAUUUCACAACAACAAGCUACGGUGGCAGUGCAAGUGAUAUGGCUGCCUUAAAAAUCCACGAAACUCAAUUAAGCUUACAAGUCGGUUUUAUAAUGGACAAUGUUCAAAUAGUCAGGGAUCUUAGCAAAUACUUUCAAAAUAUACGCAGCACAAUUGUGUAUGUUGGUGAUCCAAACUAUUUUUCAUUUCCAAAUGGAAAAAAACUCUACAAAGGUGAUACACUUGUCAUAGAAGGAGAAUUAUUAAACAUUGCUUCUGAUGAAUAUGAUGUAAAUGUGACAAUAGGCACUGUUCAGUGCAACAUAACUAGCUUAGCCUUGACCCAACUUGUAUGCAUACCACCCGAACAACAACCAGCACCAACUGAUGAAAAUGGUGUCGAGACUUACACCGAUCUACCCUUAGUUGUUGUUAAAGUCGGACGAAAUUUGCGCUUCCAAAUUGGCUAUUUGAAAUAUGACUUGCUCAAACCGUAUUCCUUUUCGCAUGCUAUGUUCGGUAUUGCUUUUGCUGUCAUAGUAGUAGUGAUAUUUUUUGUUGUAAUUAUAACUUAUCGUCGAAAAAGCACACAGGCCGAACGCGAGUAUAAACGAAUUCAAAUCCAAAUGAUAACAUUGGAGAGCAAUGUUCGUUUGGAGUGCAAACAGGCUUUUGCUGAACUCCAAACAGAUAUGACCGAUUUAACAGCUGACUUAGAGAGCUCCGGCAUACCGACCUUGGAUCAUGUCAAUUAUAUAAUGAAAGUUUUCUUUCCCGGUGUAUCUGAUCAUCCAGUAUUGAAUUCUCCUAAGCAGCUUCGAAUGAAUACACCUCAUACGAAUUACGAUACGGCAAUGUUGCAGUUCGAACAACUGAUUAGUAACAAAUAUUUUGUUUUGGCAUUUAUUGAGACUCUCGAAGCUCAAAAGUCUUUUAAUAUUCGUGACAAAGUUAAUGUUGCGUCGUUACUAAUGAUAGUAUUGAUGAAUAAAAUGGAAUAUGCUACAGAAAUACUUAAAUGUCUUCUUUUGCGCCUUAUUGAUAAAUCUGUUAUGAGCAAACAUCCGCAAUUGAUGCUCCGACGAACAGAGAGUGUUGUUGAAAAGAUGCUUACGAAUUAUAUGGCAAUAUGCAUGUAUGAUUACUUGAAAGAGUAUGCCGGCUCAAGUUUAUUUUUGCUAUUCAAAGCAAUUAAACAUCAAAUUGAGAAGGGAUUAGUUGAUGCUGUUACACAUGCUGCUCGCUAUUCAUUGUCCGAAGAGCAUUUGUUGCACGAACAAAUUGAUCAUUCAGUUGUUAUGUUGCACAUUUUGCAAGACGAUCUUGAUGAAAAAGUACAAUGUAAAGUAUUAGACUGGGAUACGAUUUCACAGGUGAAAUCAAAGAUAUUGGAUGCACUGUUUAAAAAUACACCAUUCUCGAUGCGCCCAUCAAUUCAUGAAGUUGAUUUGGAGUGGCGACAUGGUCGUGGUGGACAUUUGACUCUGCAAGACGAAGAUUUAACCACAAAAACAAAAGUUGGCUGGAAACGUUUGAAUACACUCGCUCAUUAUGGUGUAAAAGAGUCGGCAGUCAUGUCGUUGAUAGCACGACAAAAUGAUGGAUAUAACAUAAAUUACAGUAAACAACAACAGCCUUUCCAUAACUUUUACUACAUUAACAAUUCACAAUCGCAUAUUAUAAUCAAUAGUGACUUAGAAUCGGGUCUACAACAGCCGCGUUUUUAUCAUUUGGUCAAACCCGUUGUACCAGAUCAUUAUAUGAAUAUGAAAAACUCAGCCAUUUCAGGUGGUGGUGUUGGCUGUAGUGGUGGUGGUGGUAAUGGCGCUGGCGCUAAUGAGCGUGGUCAUAAAACAAUUCCAGAAGUUUAUCUUACACGAUUGUUAGCUACCAAAGGAACAAUACAAAAAUUUGUUGAUGAUUUCUUUGCAACCAUUUUAACAGUCAAUGAAGAAUUACCACCAGCAGUUAAAUGGCUAUUCGAUUUGCUUGACGAAGCUGCACGACGUCAUGAUAUAAGUGAUCAGGAAAUCGUUCAUGCAUGGAAAUCAAAUAGUUUGCCAUUAAGAUUUUGGGUGAAUUUCAUUAAAAAUCCUGAUUUUAUAUUCGAUGUAAAUAAAACGACAACAGUCGAUUCCUGCCUUAGUGUUAUUGCGCAUACAUUUAUUGAUGCAUGUUCAACAACAGAGCAUCGUUUGGGUAAAGAUUCUCCAUCAAAUAAAUUGUUAUUUGCAAAGGACAUUCCACAAUAUCGUAAAAUGGUUAAGCAAUUUUAUCGGGAAGUUGCUAGAUUGCCACAAAUUAGUGAUCAAGAAAUGAACACGGCUAUGCAACAACUCUCUGUGCAACAAAGUGAGGAAUUCGAUACGAUAGCAGCGUUAAAGGAACUCUAUAUAUAUGUCACUAAGUACAGGGACCAAAUAAUGCAAACUUUGGAAGUUGAUGUGAAUUGCAAGAAAAUGCAUUUAGCUCAUAAAUUGGAAAAUGUUGCAUGCACGCUAGAUGGAGAAGAGACUUCAGCUUGCUGACAUCAAACUUAUAAUUCGGGUGAUAAAUUAGACUUAAAUCUCAUUUACAAUAAUAAUAGCAGCUUGAUUGAGAUCACGCCCUUAAUGUCAGCUACUAAUAAUGUUUACAACAAAACGUCAUCAAAUGCUGCAGUUGCCGUUGCCAUAAAGGAUCAAUUAAGAACCUCUGCCGAUUUUAAAUGUUUAGUUUUAAAAUUCUAAUCAAAAAAUAACCUCCUUUAUUAUUUUUUUAUUAUGAUUCAUUCACAUAACUCACUUUAUAUAUUUUUUUUAUAUUUAAUCAUAUGAAAUUAAACAAAAAAAAAACACACACAUUGAAUAUAUUAAAUUGCUUAUCAUCAGAAGCAACAUAUGCAAUUUAUUUUAUUGACACAUUAUGUUAUCCUAUUUUUACUCACCUUUUUUUUAUAAAUAUUGUGUUUUAUUGAAUUGUGAUAUUUUUGUAAACGAAAUACAUUUUUUUUAAUUAACAAAACCUUUUUCAACAUACAUUUCUCUGCACAAACAAAAAAAAAACAAAUAUACAAAAUUUCGAUCUGAUUAUUUACGUAAUAACAAUUAUUGUGCUCUCUAAAUCCUGAUUUUUUUUUCAAUUUUAUACAUUAUUUUAUUACAAUUUAUUAAAAUUAAAAGGAAAAAGGGUUUUCAAAUAGAAGAUUCUGUCCUUAGCAUUUAAAAUAUGUUCCUUGAACAAUAUUUAAAAUAAACUUAAAGAUUUAAUUUACGCAUUUAUUUUUUGUAUAAUUCCUGUCAACAUUUCAUUUAUAUAUUUUAGUUGAAAGGAAAUAUCGCCUAAUGUAUUCGUCCUUUAUGCUUAACAAAAACAAAAAAAAAAAAAAACUUAAAUGACAUAAUGUUAUUUUGAAAGAUUGUACAUAAAAAAAAAAACAAAGAUAAAAAACAAAGAACGCAUUUUGAACGAUAAAUGAACAACUUUAGACUGGUUUUAAAAAUCUAAAAUAAAUGUGUGUAUGAUAUGCAUAUAUACGUAUUAUAUUUAUGUGUUUUACAAAUAAAAAAAGAACAAAAAAAAACUUUUCAAAUUAAAAAAAAAAACAAAACUUAUCCCUGGUAGACUUAACACAAAAAAAAAAAAAAGAAUAUGUAUUUUAAUAAAAACAAACAAAAAAAAACGUAUAUUAAAUUUAAUAAAAAAACAUAAUUUUAAAUAAAUUAUAUUAAAUGACAGAUUUGCAGAACAAAAUAAGUAUAAAAAAAAUGUAAUACGAUAUUCUAAGUAGGCCAUACCAUAUAUAUAUAUAUAAAUAAAUAAAUAUAUCUCUAUUUAUACAUUAAUUUAAAUAAUUAGGUGUACCAGUGUAUUAUAGUAUUAAAUACUUAUUAUUUGAAUGUUCAAUUUUAUUAUUUUCCCCACACUCUUGUUUAAGUAGUAUUUUUUUUUUUAUUUCUUCAAGUUAGUUUGCCUUGCUUUUUGAAUAUUUAGUAUACAUAUUGUAUAUAUGUUUAGAGAACAAUGAAAAUCGAUUUAACUUUAACUUAUCAGGAAGAUUAUUUCUUUUUAAAUUUUAUAAAGAACAGAAAAAAAUAAAAAAAAAAAAAAAAAAAAAAACAAACAAA